GCUUAAACUUCUUCCCCUCACCUCCGCGUGUUCCAAUUCACUUUCCACCGCAACACGACAACACACUCUCUCCGCCAAACACAGCCCACUCACCAUGGUCUACGCCUUCACGCUCCCCACCACCUCCCAUCUCUCCUUCCAGAAUUUCAUCUCAUCUAGCACACAUCCAUCCCUCCCGCAAGCCGCCACCACCGCCCGCCAUGCCCUGCGUCAGGCCCUCAAAGCCCACAAGCGUCUACCCCGCGGCCCGCAACAAGACGCGCACCUCUCCAUCGUCUUAACCGCCCUGACCACCUAUCUCCCCUACCUCGAAGCCAUCUCCAGCGGCCUAAGCAGUACACCCACCGAUGCGACCAGCGAAGAAGUCGAAAUCACCUUACACAGCGAGAUUGUCACCUUCUGGCGCCCGACGCUCACCCCCGCACCCAGCACCACCCUCUCUUUCAAACACCUCCCCACCUCCCCAUCCAGCGGGCGCAACAACACCGGCAACAGCAACAGCAGCAGUAGCAACAGCAGUAACCGACAUCGCAUCCGCGGCGAAGGCAUCGACUUCGAAACCGCCCAUGUUCUUACAACGCUAGGCUACGUGCUCAGCCUGCUCGCGCACACGGGGUUGAUGCGGACACUGUACGCCUCGACAACGCCAACCAAUGAGCAACGCACCGCCGCCGUCCAAACCGCCACCAAACACCUUCUGCACGCCAGCGCUAUCCACAACCUCCUGGCCUCGUCCCCGGCUUUCGCGACAGCCGCCCGCGCCAUCGCCACCGCCGCAUCGACCUCCUCCCUCACCCCGCAACCCACAAACCCCGCCCCCGCUCCCUCCCUCCCAGACCUCGACCCCGGCACCCAAACCGCCCUCUCCGCGCUCGCCCUCGCCGAAGCCACCCUCCUCGCCGUUCUGAAGGACGACUCCUACGUCUUCGCGUGCAUCCAGGCGCGCAACCCCAAGGAUAAAGAUUGGAUGGUCCGGGCGCCGGAGAUCCCAAAGGUGCGGGCGCACCUAUUCGCGCGGCUGUGCAUCCGCGCCGCCGAGUACGCGGAGCAAGCGGCCGCGGGGCUGGGAUCGGUUGUCGGCGCCGGGAAGUCGGGCAGGAAGGCCGGGGCCAUCGAGGAGGAGCUGCUGGGGUACACGCGGGUGCUGGCGCGGGUGGCUCGCGCGCGGGCGUGUCGGUUCUUUGGGGUUGAUGCGGAGCUGGCGGGGAGGAUUGGAGAGGCGAUUGCGUGGCUGCAGGCGGCGAAGGGGGCGUUGGGGGUGAGGCCUGGAAGGGGGGAGGAGCGGGACGCGGCGGGGGCCGGGGCGGGGUCGAAGAGCAGCGGGGGGAGUAAGUUCUCCAGGUUCAAGCAGGGGUUCCGGGAGAAGUUGGAGGAGAAGAAGAUGGAGAAGGACGCGGGGGCGUACGGUGGGGGUAGUGGUGAUAAGAUGGAGCUGGGGCCGGGGGAUAACGCGGGGAGAGAUGAAGAGGGACGCGUGAUCGAGAUGCUGGAGACGAAGUGGGUGCGGAUGAACAAUACGAUAAACACCCAGUUGAUCCCGCCGUCGGCGGAUCUUUUGGCCAACUUACCGUCUGGUCGAGAUAUCCAUUCUCCGCCCGGGGCGUACCGGAUUCCCGCGCUGGACGAGGAGCAGCUGGUGCGUAUGCGGGCGCCGCCAGCAGAGGACGAGUUCGGACCGGGCAGCGAUGAGGAGAGCGAGGACGAGCCUGCUGUGGCCGGGGUAGGGGUAUCGAGGGUCUAUACGCCGGGCAGCGUGCCGGGACGGACGGAUAGUGCAUAUUAUUGAUGUUGAGCAUAGUUGUGCUGGAGUGUGCAGGGCUGAGCACUCCGCUCCGUAUCUACCAUGCGCUCCGCAUUCAGUCACCUUAGAGCAAAC